UCUGCAGUAUACACUGUACAACUCAAGUAAGCGAGUGAGGUCCAUAGGGGUGCAAACGGCAAAACAAUGGCGUUGCUAGUGAACAAGCCCUUGACCUCCGUGUGCGCGGCCAACAAAUCGGUCCUAUUCUCUCCGGAGUUUCCCAUUGCCAAGCGCUGCCGUAUUCCGUCCGGGAAUCCCGGCAACGCUAUAACAAUCGCCGGCGAAGGUGCCGUCGGCCGGAAAUUUCGCGGUAUUGGCUGUGGGAUUGUGUGUAAAGCGGUGUUUCUCGACGUGCCGACGGAGACUGAGGGCCUCAACAUCGCCGAAGAUGUUACUCAGCUUAUUGGGAAGACACCAAUGGUUUACCUGAAUAAUAUCGUAAAAGGUUGUGUCGCAAAUAUAGCUGCAAAGCUUGAAUUCAUGGAGCCAUGUUGCAGUGUCAAAGAUAGGAUAGGUUAUCGUAUGAUUUCUUAUGCUGAGGAAAAAGGGCGUAUAACUCCAGGAAAGACCAUAUUGGUUGAACCUACGAGUGGAAAUACGGGUAUUGGCCUUGCAUUUGUUGCUGCUUCAAAAGGCUACAAGCUUAUCCUGACAAUGCCUGCAUCCAUUAGUAUCGAGAGAAGGGUUCUUCUGAAAGCAUUUGGAGCAGAACUAGUUUUAACUGAUGCUGCCAAAGGCAUGCAAGGAGCUUUGCAAAAAGCUGAAGAAAUACGAAAAAAAACCCCGAAUUCAUUCAUGCUUAAACAGUUCGAGAAUCCUGCAAACCCCAAGGUUCUUACACAGAUUUGGGAAGAUACAAAAGGCAAGGUGGACAUACUUGUUGCUAGCAUUGGUACUGGUGGAACCAUUGCUGGUGUUGGUCGUUAUCUGAAAAAAUGCAAUCGUAACGUCAAGGUUAUUGGUGUGGCACCAGCUGGAAGCAAUGUAUUGUCUGGUGGAAAACCCGUAUUUUGCAAUUUGAAGCCGCAGGCCCUCACAAAAUUUAAGGUAUUGGAGCAGAUAACAAAUGAUGUAGCAGUUGAAUUCGCAAAACAGUUAGCUCUUCAAGAGGGCCUUCUGGUGGGUAUUUCUUCAGGAGGAGCUGCAGCUGCUGCUAUUCAGGUUGCAAAGAGACCUGAAAAUACCGGAAAGCUUAUAGCGGUGAAGGCAAAAAAGCUUAACGAGAAGCUAGGGUUUAAGGAAAAGCUCUCAGAUUACACGUUACAAAGUAUUGCGGGUACUUAUCGUAUAAUGUCUGGGCUUUCUGGAUUUCGUGCACUUGCUCCAAAGACCAAGAAUCUGGUUGUUGCUGGAGGCCUUUCAGCUUUUGUAUUUGGAGUGUAUUUCUACACAAUGAGAGCCGUUGGGGGUACAGAUGAACUUCAGAUUGCUAUCGACAAAUUUGAGGCCCAGAAAAAUAAGAAUGAGCCAGAAGCCACGUUGGCACCUAAAGCUUAAUUGCAUUUAGCUAGAGACAAACUAUGUAAAUCCGUUGCGAGUUUGGUGUACUGAAAUACUUGGCCGUCAUGAUAUAUAUGGAGCUCGUUUUCUUGAUUUUUCCGAAUAAAGUCAUGAUUGAGGUUUUUUGUUGUAUUUGAAGGUGUCGUAUCUAUGUUAACGAAAUUGAACUUUUGCAAUUGUGACUAAUGAAUCGUUGGUGCACGUAUUUUUGGCUUGAGGAAAUUUUCGAGGGGAAUCAUUUAAGUUUAUAUUAGUUUGGCUUGAAGUGUGAAGAUUGAAUGAUAUAUACUCUUCUGUUUGUGCUCUGUGAAGCUCCAAUUGUGGAGAAGUUUUCAUUCAUCUUUUGAAUGAUCAUGUGCCAACUUUGUG